AUGACCAAGAGCCCAAGGGAUAUAUUGCUAACAGAGGCAGUUGGGAAAACAUUUCCCAUUCCGGCCAAAUUAAGUGAAAGAGCAAUAAGGGAAAAUGAUAAGUAUUGUGACUUCCACAACGAUGCAGGGCAUGAUACAAAUUCAUGUCUACAGCUUAGAAAAGCAAUUGAUGAAGCCAUCAAAACUGGUAAAUUGGCACAUCUGGUAAAAGGAAUCCGGCAACAGCCGAAACAAAAAGCAGAAGAGCCUAGGGAACAGAAAAGUGGCAAUACCCAGGCAACAAUCUAUACAAUAAGGAAAGAAAGACAAGCUGAAAAAAGAAAGGGAAUCAACACACUCAUCCAGAGUGUAGGAGAAAUUUCAUUUCCUCCAAUACUUGGAACACAUGUCUCCGAGAAUCCGAUAAUAAUCAAAGCAAUAUUGCAAGUAAAAUGGGUGGAUAAGAUUCAUAUUGACGAUGGAAGUGACUGCAAUAUAUUCUACGAGCAUGCAUUCCCAGGAGACAAUCCACUCGUACGUAUCCUAUCAUCACCUCCGGGCACAUGGCUAAUAAGCUUCUCUGGGAACAAAACCCAACCUACAGGUAAGAUAACACUUGCAGUCACAAUUGUAGUCGGGCCACGCAGGAGGAUGGAGGAGUUGACCUUCAUGAUAAUCAAAGGAUCCUCACCUUACAAUGCUAUUCUGGGACAGCCAGCAAUACAAAAAUUUGGAAUGAUACCCUCCAUAAUACAUAAUAUGGUCAAAUUCCAGACAGAGGAUGGAAUAGCAAGCAUCCGGGGAAGCUAUGAGCCACCAAGCAUCCAUGGAUGA